GAGUGUGAGCAGAUAGAACAGCACAGAACAGUUGUUAUUUUUCUGAUUGUGUGAAGUUGCAUGUUUAGAAAAGUUUGCUUUGUUGUUGUUUCUUCGGUUUUUGACCCUUUGCACUGUUUUCACCAGCAACCUCUGUUUAACAUUGUGUGUAGUAGCUAUUUUGACAACAUGCCGUCUGAGUAAGCGAAAGAAAAACUGUGUACUGUGGACUUGAUCAGCACAAGAGGCCCAUAUGUGGAGUGAAGGUCAAAAUCAGACAGCAAAACGGCACCUGUAUCUGCCCUGACACGCCUUCCAGACACACCUUUAUGUAACAUAUAAGACAAACAUGAGACGACAUGCCCAGCUUAGCGCUGCAACAACGGAUCUGUCGGAUGUAAAGCAAUGAAGGAACAUCUCAGCAACACGACGGAAAACAGAGAGUGAAAAAACAAGUGCCUGUCCAUUACUGACAAUGGCUUCUGGAUCUGAAGACGAUCUCUCCUGUCCUGUGUGCUGGGAAACCUCUGGUGAACUUCUUCUACUGAGUUGCAGUCACAGCGUCUGUAAAUCAUGUCUGCAGCAGUGCUGGGACACCAAAGGGUCCAGAGAGUGUCCAGUUUGUAGGAGAAAAUCUUCAAUGAGCAUUCCAUUUAACUUCUCUUUAAGGAACCUAACAGAAACACUCUGCAGUCAACACGGUCAGGAACUCAAACUUUUCUGCCAGGAGGAUCAACAGCCUGUAUGUGUGGAUUGUUGGGAUUCCAAGGAGCACACCAAACACAACAUCUGUAGUCUUAAGGAGGUAGUGCAGGAAUACAAGAAAGAAUUCAGUGCUGAAUUGAAGUUCCUAAAGUCGAAACAGAAGAAAGUAAACUGAACUGGGAACAAACUGCUGAACAUAUAAAGUCUCAGGCCCAGGACACAGAGAGGCAGAUUAAGGAGGAGUUUGAGAAGCUCCACCAGUUUGUACGAGAUGAAGAGGCAGCCCGGAUAGAAGCUCUGAGGAUGGAAGAGCGGCAGAAGAGUCAGAUGAUGAAGGAGAAGAUUGAAAAGAUGAGCAGAGAGAUGGAAGCACUUUCAGACACUAUCAGAGCCGUAGAAGAGGAGAUGGAGGCUGAAGACGUCUCAUUCAUACAAAACUACAAGGCCACAAAGGAAAGAGCCCAGCACAAACUGCAGGAUCCAGAGGAGCUUUCAGUAGAGCUGCUCAAUGUGGCAAAACACCUGAGAAACCUGAAGUUCAGAGUCUGGCAGAAGAUGCAAGAGAUUGUCCAGUUUACUCCUAUAACUCUGGACCCCAACACGGCUCAUCCUAAAGUCAUCCUGUCUGACGAACUGACCACUGUGAGACUUGGGAAUGAGAGACAACAGCUUCCAGAUAAUCCAGAGAGAUUCGAUCAUCAGCGUUUUGUCCUGGGAUCGGUGGGCUUUAACUCAGGGGAACACUCCUGGGAUGUUGAAGUGGGAGACAGUAAAUUCUGGGGUCUGGGUGUGAUCAUAGAGUCUGCUAGUAGGAAAGCAAACGUGGACUCCAGGGAUGGAAUGUGGGGGAUGUUGUUUUAUAACGGUGUAUAUGCAGCAGGGUCUUUAAUAGGAAAACGCACCAACCUCCCAAUACAACACAAAGUCCAGAGGAUCACAGUGCAGCUGGACUGGAACAAAGGAAAACUGUCCUUCACUGACUCUCUCACUAACACACACUUAUACACUGUGAAACAAAGAAUCACCGAGAAAGUCUUUCCGUUGUUCUAUGUUGAUGAAACUCAUCCUCUGUUCAAGAUUUUACCUGUUCGGUCCUCGGUAUUACUGGAGCAGCACAAGUAAAUUCAUAUUUACUUAUCCUAUUUACACAUAUAUAUGAUUUAUAUUUAUUAUUACGCAUUUUUUACUAGGGUCGCUCCACUGAUUACGAAUUUAUUACGGCUGAUUAAUCGCAGUUUAAUUGAGGCUGACACUGUGUGGGCUAAAUGAACAGGUUGGACCCCCUUUUGCCUUCAGAACUGUCUUAAUUCGUCAUGCCACACUUUCAACAAGGUGUUGGAAAUGUUCCUCAGAGA